AACGUAAGUAAAGGAUCAAAGAAACUUUCUGUUAUAUAGUUGGCUAUUAUGAGGAAAACAACAAGCUUUGACUAACUAGUUCUUUUCUGAUAGAUUGUAUUUGAUUGUGUCGUGAUUGCAAUUGAGGAAACGUGGUAAUAUUCGGCAAGAUGCAAGUUCCCCCGAUUUUUAUGGAAUUACCCUUAGAAGAUCAGUGUUUUAUAUUUAGGCGCAAGAACUAAGAAUAUAUUUUAAGAAUUUGGGAGCUGAAAUAAGUGAAGAAAAAUCUCCUAAAGGAAUAGAAGAUGAUUUACAUAAAAUUAUUGGUGUUUGUGAAGCUUGCUUCAAGGAAGGAAAUGAAAGCGAAAUAGAAACAGUCUUAAAUGACAUUGUAUCUAUUAUGAUUGUGAUCCCCACUGAACGUGCAGAAAAUUUAAUAUUAGCAUUUUGUGAGAAAUUAACAAAAGCUCCUGGAUAUAAACUUGGUUUAGUAUGUCUAAAAGCAUUGUGGUUAUUAUUUCAAUCUCUUCCUGAUGACUCUCCAAUGAGAUAUCAUGUCUAUUAUCACUUAGUUCAAAUUGCUCGCAAUGUGGAUCAAGUAAAAGCUGUGUAUGGCGGAAUAGAUCAAUUAAAGCAACAGUUUGCAUCACUUCCACCAUCAAAUGAACAAAUGCAAAAAUUACUUCGGUUACUUCAUGAAGUACUUUUAAGUUGCAAACAGGGGGAACAAGCUGCUGCUGUUAUGGUAGAACUUUUAGGUACUUAUACAGCAGAAAAUGCUUCUGCAGCUAGAGAAGAUGCACAACGUUGCAUUUUAGCUGCAUUGGCAGAUCCAAAUACAUUCCUGCUUGACCCAUUGUUAGCAUUAAAACCUGUAAGAUUCUUGGAAGGGGAACUCAUUCAUGAUUUACUUCUUGUCUUUGUACAAGACAAGUUACCUGCAUACUUAGAUUUUUAUCAACAUCAUAAGGAAUUUGUAGAACAUCAACUUGGAUUAAAUCAUGAGCAAAACAUGAAAAAAAUGAGACUACUAACAUUUAUGCAACUAGCAGAAACAAACCCUGAAAUGUCAUUUGAUACAAUUCAGGAAGAAUUACAAAUUAAUGAAGAUGAAGUAGAAAGUUUUAUUAUUGAUGUAUUGAAAACGAAACUUGUUAGAGCUCGUAUGGAUCAAGCUGGUCGCAAAGUUCUCAUUUCAAGUACCAUGCAUAGAACAUUUGGCAAACAACAGUGGAUGCAACUACGCGAUUUACUCGCAGCCUGGAAAGCAAAUUUAACUGCUGUACAAGAGGGUAUGAAAUCUGUAGCUGCUGCACAAAUGGAACUUGCUGGAAAAAACAAAACUUCUAUUACCCAUUGAUGACAUUUAACUUGUGUAUAUGUAAUUUAAAAUUUGUUUAUACAAAUAUUGAUUGGAAAUCAAGUUUAA